UUUCUCAAAAACAAGAGAAGAAACGCAAUGGGGAACUACAAGUCCAGGCCAAAUCAGACCUGCACAGAUGAAUGGAAGAAGAAAGUGAGUGAAUCUUAUGCUGCGGUGAUAGAAAGACUCGAGGACGACCUGUGUAUUAAAGACAAUGAACUCCUCGAACUCAAGCACGUCUUCAGUUCAGACGAAGCCUUCAGUAAAGUAAACAUGAACUACCGGACAAAGAAUGGGUUAUCUCUUCUUCAUCUCUGCUGCAUUUGUGACGGCACCAAGUCCCAUGUCAGGACUCUGAUGCUGAAAGGUCUUCGUCCAUCCAGGCUGACGAGGAAUGGAUUCACAGCACUACAUCUGGCUGUCUUCAAGGACAAUGCAGAGCUGGUCACUGCGCUGCUCCAUGGGGGCGCCGAUAUUCAGCAGGUAGGCUAUGGAGCCCUCACCGCUCUUCACAUUGCGACCAUUGCUGCAAACAAUGAGACGGUUGACAUCCUAUUACAACAUGGAGCCUUUGUCAAUGUGCAGGAUGCUGUCUUCUUCACACCUUUACAUAUUGCUGCUUAUUUUGGUCACGAACAGGUAACCAAGCUGCUCCUGAAGUUUGGGGCUGAUGCCAAUGUUAGUGGGGAGGUAGGAGACAGACCACUGCAUCUUGCUUGUGCCAAAGGGUUUCCGAACAUCGUCAAACUCCUGCUGACCGAAGCCAGCAAGACAGAUGUGAAUGCUCAGGACAACGAGGACCAUUCGCCCCUCCAUUUUAGCUGCCGCUUCGGGCACCAUGAAAUCGUGAGGUACUUGUUGCAAGGCAACUUUGAUGUGCACCCCCAUGCGGUGAAUAUCUAUGGAGAUACACCUCUACACCUGGCUUGUUACAAUGGUAAACUGGAUGUGGCCAGCGAACUCAUCCAACUAUCGGGGACAGAAAGCUUGACCAAGGAAAAUAUCUUCAGUGAAACCUCUUUCCACAGCUCCUGCACUUAUGGAAAGGACCUUGAACUGGUCAAGUUUCUGAUCAGCCAGAAUGCCAUGAGCAUAAAUCAUCAGGGAAGGGAUGGACAUACUGGUCUGCACAGCGCCUGUUACCAUGGCCACAUUCGUCUGGUGCAAUUCCUAUUGGACAGUGGUGCUGACAUGAACCUGGUGGCCUCUGAUCCCAGCCGUUCCAGCGGAGAGAAAGAUGAGCAAACAUGCCUAAUGUGGGCCUACGAGAAAGGUCAUGAUGCGAUUGUGACACUGCUUAAGCAUUAUAAAAGACCUCAGGAUGAAUCGCCUUGCAAUGAAUACUCCCAACCUGGUGGAGAUGGGUCCUACGUUUCUGUUCCAUCACCACUUGGGAAGAUCAAAAGCAUGACAAAAGAGAAAGCCGACGUUCUACUCCUGCGAGCCGGCUUACCUUCUCAUUUCCACCUUCAGCUGUCAGACAUCGAGUUCCACGAAAUUAUUGGAUCAGGAUCGUUUGGGAAAGUCUACAAGGGAAGAUGCAGGAACAAAAUUGUCGCCAUUAAAAGAUAUCGAGCCAACACGUUUUGCUCCAAGUCUGAUGUGGAUAUGUUCUGCCGAGAGGUCUCCAUCCUCUGCCGACUCAACCAUCCCUGUGUCAUCCAGUUUGUCGGGGCUUGCUUGGAUGAUCCCAGCCAGUUUGCCAUUGUAACACAGUUCAUCUCGGGAGGAUCCUUGUUCUCCCUCUUACAUGAACAAAAGAGAAUCGUUGAUCUUCAAUCCAAAUUAAUCAUUGCGAUUGAUGUGGCCAAAGGAAUGGAAUAUCUUCACAACCUGACUCAACCAAUCAUACACCGAGACCUCAACAGCCAUAAUAUCUUGCUGUACGAAGAUGGCCAUGCAGUGGUCGCUGAUUUUGGAGAAUCCAGAUUCCUUCUGUCGAUGGACGAAGACAACAUGACGAAGCAGCCAGGGAACCUGCGCUGGAUGGCUCCUGAGGUGUUCACACAGUGUACCCGUUACACCAUCAAAGCAGAUGUCUUCAGUUACGCUCUGUGUCUCUGGGAGCUGCUAACUGGUGAAAUCCCCUUUGCCCAUCUCAAACCAGCUGCUGCUGCUGCCGAUAUGGCAUACCAUCAUGUCCGACCUCCAAUUGGCUAUUCGAUACCUAAACCCAUCUCAUCUCUACUAAUAAGGGGAUGGAAUGUGUGUCCAGAGAAUCUCUAUCCAAGUUCUACCUAUGUCAUUGGUACCAACGUGGACCACGACAAUAGGAUCUUCCCCUUCCCACUGCAACCAUUCUCCAAGAUGCAAGAAUUCAUGGGGGUCCUUCCAUUAGCUUUUGGCUAA